UCAGACAUGGUGAACGGGUGGUGGUAGCGUGGGCGCUACUGCAGCAAAUGGAAGUCCCACCGAGAUCCAAGAAAGAAGGGAUGUCACUGAUGGACACCCGAAAGUAAGGCUGGCCAGCAUUUUAAAGAAAAGAGAAGGUAAGUGUUGCUGGAGAGCCUUUUUCACCGGGUCCCACCAAGUCCCACCAGUCCCGGAGCCCACUUAUAAAAUAAACACACACAUGCUUACAUUAUUUAAACUGCUUGGCCAUUAGCUCAGGCCUAUCAUUGUCUAGCUCUUACUCUUAUACUUAGCCCAUUUCUAUUAAUCUAUACUUUGCCAUGUGGCUCCUGGCUUACUGGUACCUUACAUCUUGCUUGUCCUGGCAGCGGCUCCAGGAAGUCUCCUCCUCAGAAUUCCUGUUCACUCAAUUCUCCUCUCUGUUAGCCCCGCCUAUACUUCCUGUCUGGCUACCGGCCAAUCAGUGUUUAUUUCCCACCGAGAUCCAAGAAAGAAGGGAUGUCACUGAUGGACACCCAAAAGUAAGGCUGGCCAGCAUUUUAAAGAAAAGAGAAGGUAAGGGUGAAUUGAAUUGAAAUGGGUGCAGCUAGCUCACAGUCGCUCCUCAAGGAACAGUUAAUUGGACUGCUGAGGCAGCAAGGCACUGUAGUUAAGAGCAAGAUGGCUAAAGAUUUUGUUCACAUCCUCCAGAAUGUUAGUCCUUGGUUUCUGGUCUCUGGGGGAUUUAAUAUACCAGAUUGGGAACAGGUCAAGGUUGACUUACAAAAAUAUUUGCAUAAAGAAGGGCCUGAUUCCAUACCCUUAGCUACUUUUUCUUUGUGGCACUUGGUUAAAGAUGUGUUGCUUAGUGAUAAUGUCAAAGUUCAAGAACAAUUAACUGAAGCUAAAGCUGUGUUGGAGGAGUCUCAGAUAGAGGAGGCUUUCAUAUCCCUUCAAACUUCUGAUGUUUCUCACCCUGCAGAGUCGUCUUCAGAGGGUGAUGAUGUAGAAGUCAGAUUAGAAAAAGAUACGAGAUGCUUACGAGGGAAAUCACAGAAGAUUUCUUACAAGGAUAGACCUCCAGCCUGUAACCCUGACUUUUGCAACACAGAGGUCCUUCCUUCCACACUCAUAGAGGGGUUAAUGGGGGGAGUUGCUUACCCAGUUAUAGAGACUCAAAAUGCUCAAGGUUAGAGGCAAAGGGAACACGAUCCCCUAGAUUUUAAAAGCAUUAAACAGAUUAAGGAAGCUGUAAUGUCAUAUGGGUCCCAUGCUCCUUUUACCACAGCUAUACUUGAAUCUUUUUCUGCCUUAAAUUGUACCCCUAGCAACUGGAUGCAGUUGUGUUGCACUGCUCUCUCUGGGGGUGGAUUAUUUAAUUUGGAGGAGUGAGUUUCAUUGUCAAACUACAGCUAAUAGAAAUGCCGCUGCAGGCUUCCCGGAUCGUAAUCUUGAGAUGCUCACGGGUAUAGGGCAGUAUGCCACUUUACAAGCACAAAUUUUGUAUGAUCCCACAGUUUAUGCACAGAUUAGCGUAGCCACUACCAGAGCAUGGAAAGGGCUGCCUAAUAAAGCUGCUGGUGAACAACUAUGUAAAGUCAUUCAGGGGCCAUUAGAACCAUUUGCAGAAUUUGUAGAUUGCCUGCUUCAAUUAACAGGGAGAGUAUUUGGGGAUGUUGAUCAAGCCAUGCCUAUAAUAAAGCAAUUGGCCUUUUAAAAUGCCAAUAAAUAUUGCAAGGAGGCCAUUAGGCCUCAUAAAAAUAAGAGCUUAAAUGAUUAUCUUAAAUUAUGUAGAGAUAUAGAUGGGCAUCACAUCAUAGGACAGGUAAUGGCUUCAGCCAUAAGGGGGAAAUAUUCUGGAGGAGUACGGUGUAUGGAGCCCUGGAUACACCUGUCCCAACCCCAGUUUCCCACCAUGCCAUCCAGUUCAUUCCUCGAAGGAAUCCCUUUCUGUCCAAGACUUUAUCAGAGGCACCCCUGGAAGCACAGGAUUGGACCUCUGCGCCUCCGCCAGAGCAGUAUUAACACCUUAAAUGGGCCCCCAGGCUCUCAGUACUGGAGUCAUGGGCCCACUACCUGCAGGGUCUUUAGGUCUGAUUCUGGGCAGGAAUAGUGCUCUUAUGCAAGGUAGUAGAGUAAUUCCAGGAGUGAUAGAUGAAGACUCUGAAGGAAAAAUUAGAAUCAUGGUUGAGGCUGGUAAGGGGGUGACAGUUAUUCCCCAGGGUGCUUGCAUAGCACAAUUACUUUUGAUGUCUUGCUUUCAAACUAAUAAUCCUUUUCUUAAAGCACAUAGAGGUGAGGGUGGAUUUGGCUCUACAGGCCCUCUAGUCUGCUGGGUUUCCACUUUAGAACAAAGACCCAUGCUAAAUUUAAAAAUUAAUGAUCCACAGUUUUCAGAGUCUUUUAGAUACUGGUGCUGACACUUCAGUCAUCUCUAUAAAACACGGGCCCAAAGCACGGCCCCUUAAAGAUUCCACCUCUAACCUACAAGGUAUCAGCACAGCUCAGAUGCCAUUAUAGAGCAGGCUACUCUUAAAUUGGAAGGAUGAGGAAGGUCAUGCAGGAACUUUUCAACCCUUUGUGCUACCUGACAUUCCAGUGAACUUGUGGGGACGGGAUGUAUUAGAAGGUAUGGGAGCAGUGCUUACUACACAGCCUGUACAACAGAUGCUGAAAAGUCAGGGUUACUGCCCCGGGCAGAGGCUUAGGGAAAAUGUUGCAAGGAGACCCACUCCCUGUGGCAGACAAAAGUUGUGUUACUAGAUGUCCUGGGGAUACUAGAGGAUUAGGGUCUUUUCCAUAGGGGUCAAUGAACAGCAGCCUCUGAUAAUACAACUGAUAAGAAUCACUUGGAAAAGUGAUGAUGCUGUAUGGGUGGAAUGGUGGCCCCUUACUAAAGAAAAAUUGGACACUGCAAACGCUUUAGUUAAGGAACAGUUAGUUGCUGGACAUAUCUUUCCUUCCACUUCACCUUGGAACACAGCUAUAUUUGUUAUUAAAAAGAAGUCAGAAAAAUAGAGGCUAUUACAAGAUCUUAGAGCUGUAAAUAAAACCAUGCUUCUCAUGGGAGCAACACAGCCUGGCUUGCCUGCUCCUGUGGCAAUUCCUAAACAUUGGCAUUUAAUUGUGGUUGACUUGAGGGAUUGUUUCUUCACCAUUCCUUUGCAUCCCGAGGACAGUCCUCGAUUUGCUUUUAGUGUUCCUUCAGAAAAUCUUAAAGAACCUUAUCAGAGAUAUCAGUGGGUAGUUCUGCCCCAAGGAAUGGCCAAUAGCCCUACUAUAUAUCAAAUUUAUGUGUCUUUGGCCAUAGCUCCAGCUCGAAAAGCUUUUCCAGAUGCUUAUAUAAUUCACCAUAUGGAUGAUAUUUUAUUGGCUGCUAAAGAUAAAAAACUUGUUUUUGAUGCCUUUUCUAAAUUACAAGAGGUUCUUAGCCUGGCUAAUUUACAGAUAGCCCCAGAAAAGGUACAGGUAUCCUUUCCUUAUCAUUAUUUAGGUCAUGAAUUAUUACGCACAGGCAUACAUCCACAAAAGAUUACUCUGCAUAUGGAUCAGCUACGCACGCUUAAUGAUUUCAAAACCUUUCUGGCUUUGGUCCACUUUAAAGAUUCCAACAGGUCAACUUUGUCCUUUGUAUGAUGUCUUAAAGGGCAACCCUGAUCCUUUAUCUCCCUGUGAAUUAACAGCUGUUUUUUGAUCCACAGCCCCUCGCUCGGACAUGGUGAACGGGUGGUGGUAGCGCGGGCACUAGUGCAACACUUAAAUUCAUAAAUGUACUUCUUUUUGUUUUAUGAGUGUUUUGCUAGCAUGUGUGCGUCUGUGGCCUCCAGCAGAGGCCAGAAGAGGGUACUCAAUCCCCAGAAGUGAAGCUAGGGAUUUUUUUUUUCUUGCCAGUCAUAUGGAUGCUAGGGGGAAAAAAGGGUGGGGGUGGGGAGAUAAUAGUGUUUUUCUGCUAUGAGGGAUUAACUGCUUGCAUUUUGCUUUCGUAAUGAGGGGAGUAAAACAAUUUUCUUGCCCAGCUGUGGAUUCCCUAGAUAACUGUAAUGUACACCUUUGAUAUCCACCUUUACAAACCCUUCCUUUAGCCCCCUUCUGGCAUGCUCUUUGGCUCUAAGGCUGCCAUCCCUCUGGUAGCAGUAAGAAUAAAUUCAUUUAAUCUAAAUUUGAAUUGAGUUUAAGUCUUUGGUCUUUCCCACUGGAUUCCAAUGCCACAACAAAAGAAUGAGGCUUUUGGGCUGCCUUUGAGACAAGUAGCAGGGUAGGAUAGGUUGGCUUUGAUUUUACCAUUCUCUUGCCUCAACCGCCUGAGUACUGGGAUUACAAACCUUCUCUAACAUGCUUGCUUAUCCUACCUGAAUUUGCUCUCGCUCUGUAGACUAGAGAUUGGUCUACCUCUGCCUCCCGAGUGCUGGGAUUAAAGUUUGAGCCACCACGUCCAGCAAAAUGUUAGUACUUUCUUAAUUGUAAGUGAUAUAUGGUAUAAUACCAUGCCAAACUUAAAGGUCAGCCUACUUUUGGUCUUCCCUCCACGCUCAGCCAAACUCACAAAGCAACGCAAGCCUACUGCGCAUGUGCACUUUUGCCGCACCAGCCUACGUGAGACUUUGCUGGAUGGUCAUGGCGGUGACAGAGGGCGGCGCCUACCCCGCCCUCGAGGAGCUGCAGUAGAACUGAGUUUAGGACACUGACUUCACUGAGCUGGCCAGGCUGCGCCUCGGCGAAAGGCGCUCUGCAGUCGCUGCGGACCGCCUCCUCCACUCGGUCAGCGCGUUUUUUCUGCCUCAUACACCUACCAUUACCGCUUUCACCGCCAGCAAAAAAAUAACUGGAGAUUAUGCUUCGGCCCGUCAACUUUCCCCCCAAAGACAAGCUCCUCCCCCACUUUCUGAUUGGCUUUAGGGAGGGGCUUACCACUUCCAGGCACUCUCAUUGGCCUAGGCGGAUAUUGCCCUCGUACUCUUCUCAUUGGUCCAGGGGUGGGGCUCAUUUUGUUUCGACUCUCUCAUUGGUCUACCCCAGUCCUGGGGGCGGGGCCACCGCCGAUGAAGACAACAAAGGGUCGCGGGUCGCUAGCCAGUUGCAGGCGGCGGUGUUCCAGUCUUCCUUAUUCCGCUCAGCUGGGGUGCGUCGGCCUCCCGCCAGUCCUGCUCCAGAUGAAGUGUGAGCACUGCACACGAAAGGAAUGUAGUAAAAAAUCAAAAACUGAUGACCAGGAGAAUGUGUCCACUGAUGUAUCAAGUCCAGCCCAGGAGAAUGAAGAGAAGGGAGAAUUCCAUAAGUUGGCAGAUGCGAAGAUAUUUCUGAGUGACUGCCUGGCCUGUGACAGCUGUGUGACCGUGGAGGAAGGAGUCCAGCUUUCCCAGCAGAGUGCCAAGGACUUCUUCCAUGUCUUGAAUCUUAAUAAGAAAUGUGACACCUCAAAGCACAGAGUGCUGGUUGUGUCUGUGUGUCCUCAGUCUCUGCCUUAUUUUGCUGCUAAAUUCAACCUCAGUGUCACUGAUGCAUCCAGAAGACUCUGUGGCUUCCUCAAAAGUCUUGGGGUGCACUAUGUAUUUGACACCACAAUCGCUGCUGAUUUCAGCAUCUUGGAGAGUCAGAAGGAAUUUGUACGCCGGUAUCACCAGCAUAGUGAGGAGCAGCGUGAACUGCCCAUGUUGACCUCUGCCUGUCCUGGUUGGGUCAGAUAUGCUGAGCGUGUGCUGGGCCGCCCAGUCAUCCCACAUCUCUGCACUGCUAAGUCCCCCCAGCAGGUCAUGGGCUCCUUGGUGAAGGAUUACUUUGCUAGACAGCAGAAUCUGUCUCCAGAGAAAAUUUUCCAUGUUGUCGUGGCUCCUUGCUAUGAUAAGAAGCUGGAAGCUCUUCGAGAGGGACUUUCCACUACUUUGAAUGGUGCCAGGGGCACUGACUGUGUUCUGACUUCAGGUGAAAUUGCUCAGAUAAUGGAGCAAAGUGACCUCUCUGUGAAAGACACUGCUGUGGAUACUUUGUUUGGAGAUGUGAAGGAGGAGGCAGUACGUCGUCACGAUGGAGUGAGCUCGGAUGGGCAUCUGGCCCACGUCUUCAGACAUGCAGCCAAAGAGUUGUUUGGCGAGCACGUAGAGGAGAUCACCUACCGUGCACUAAGAAACAAAGACUUCCAUGAGGUUACCCUUGAGAAGAAUGGGGAGGUUUUACUGCGCUUUGCUGCAGCAUAUGGCUUUCGCAAUAUCCAGAACAUGGUCCUGAAACUCAAGAAGGGCAAAUUCCCGUAUCACUUCGUGGAGGUCCUCGCAUGUCCCAGAGGGAAGAAGAGGUCCACCUGUGUGUAUCUUUCAGGAUGCUUAAAUGGCAGAGGCCAAGCACAGAGAGAGGACGGCCACACAGAUCGUGCACUACUGCGGCAAAUGGAAGGGAUCUACUCCGGCAUUCCUGUGCGGCCCCCAGAGAGCAGUGCACAUGUGCAGGAGUUGUACCAGGAGUGGCUGGAGGGUACUGAGUCCCCCAAAGUCCAGGAGGUGCUGCACACCACAUACCAGAGCCUGGAAGCCUGCACAGACAGCUUGGAUAUCAAGUGGUGACAGAGCCAGGAGGGCAGGAGGAGACAGCUCUGAGUGGAGAGUGGUGGACGCUUCAACAACAACGGGUCACUCCAGUUUUGGUAGUGCUCCUCCGCAACAUGCAACAUGGUGCUAUCUUUGUAGUGUGUGAGGGAGUGGAAUGUUUUCACAUGGGAGAAGCA